AUGAUCGGUAAACUUGUCAUUUCGCUGCUGCUGUUCUGUCCCCAAGUGCUCACAGUGCCCGUCUCCUCAGCCGCGAAGGAGCUGAGGUGCUUGCCCGGAUCCUUCGAGUGCCAUGACGGAAAUUGCAUCCCAGAUCGCUACGUCUGCGACGGAAUGGCCGACUGCAUGGGAGGCGAGGAUGAAGUUGACUGCUCCGACUGCCCUGAGGGAUACCUUCACUGCAUAAGCGGUGACGUCUGUAUCCCUGAGCACUGGAUCUGCGACGCAUACUAUGACUGUCCUGGUGGCGAAGAUGAAGUCAACUGCACCACCACUAGCAUUCCUGGCUGCGACGAAGGGUACUAUGAAUGCAACGGAGGCGGCUGCAUCCACAACAGGUUCCGCUGUGACAGUUUCAACGAUUGCCCUGCCGGAGAUGACGAGAGUGCCUGCACUGAGUGCAGCGCCGGCUUCCACUGCAAGGAGGAUAUCUGCAUUCCCGAGUAUUUUCUCUGCGACGAAUUCGAAGAUUGUCACCGCGGAGAAGAUGAGGUUGUGUGUGACUGCCAGGACACGGACUUCGUCUGCGGCAACGGGCACUGCAUCCCCCCUGAUUGGCACUGUGACGGUUACUAUGACUGCUUCGGUGGGGAUGACGAAAUGAACUGCGGGGUCAGUGACGCUCCCUCAGCUUACCAGGGCGAGCGCAAGACCCGCACGCGCGCUCAGACCAGCUUCCUCAUUAAGCUGGCCAAGACCAGUCGCCGUUAAGGAACCUCUUGUGCCAUACCUUGAACCUCCCUC